CAGCACAGGAGCCAGCAACGAGAGAUAAUAAUAGACUACAAGGUGUAGUAGUCGUCCACAGACAGAGAAGAGAGAGUAGAGAGGGAAGAAAGAAGAUUACAGAGAAAUGGGGGGAGGAAUGGAGGCGAACAAGAACAGGUUCAUAGAGGAAUGGGGCGCCGCGAGGGAGAACCUGGAACACAACUUCAGGUGGAGCCGUCGAAACCUCGCUCUCGUCGGCUUAUUCGGCAUCGCUCUUCCUAUCUUCGUCUACAAGGGCAUCGUCAAGGAAUUCCAUAUGCAAGACGAGGACGCAGGGAGGCCACACAGAAAAUUCCUGUGACUGCUCUGAAGAAUUCUCAUCAAUAAUAAUGGGUGGAGUAAAACUAGGUUUCUUUGAUGAUGACAAAGUUUGCCUCUCACCCUUUUGGGAACUCUUUUUCUUCUUUGCCAUGUAGAGUUUGUUUUGCACAAUUUCCAUUGCACUUCAUAGUUCUACCUUGUUGUACUUAAUAAGUCUAUUUCCCUGUCAAGAAAAUUGAGCACUUUGUUAAUUAUCUGUUUCGACACUCUUUGGGUUAUGUUUGAUUGAUUGAAGUUCUCAAUGCUUAAA